CACCCUUAGAAGAACCCACCUCUUUUACCGGAACAACAGAGCAUUAUUAAAACAUCAAAGCUUAAGAAGGAUAAUGUUGGGAGUGCAAGUUUGGAUUUUCGUAGGUUUGAGCACUUUAGUCAAUUGCCAGAGCAUAAUCGAGGCCGGUUUAGAGCCUCUGGAUGCGUCCGGAACCAUCGAAUGCCACCGGAGGAUGUACACAUAUCGAGUGACACAAUCGGACGAAAACGGCAAACAAUGUUGGGACACACUUUCCGUUAUGGCCUGUUGGGGGCGAUGCGAUUCAAAUGAGAUAUCGGAUUGGAGAUUCCCGUACAAAAAGUCGAACCAUCCCGUGUGCGUACAUUACGGCCGUAAUCGCUCAGUCGUAACACUAAGACAUUGCGAAGAAGGCGCUAAUCCUUCGGCUGCCAGAUACGAGUAUUUGGAAGCUGCAGGAUGUAAAUGCCAACAGUGUUCUUCCUCAGACACCAGUUGUGAAGGUUUAAGAUAUAGACCGCAACGUUCCCAUCCGGCGUCUCUUGGUUUCAGAAUUAAUUAAUUUCAAAACGGUGUAAUUAAUAUACAAGACGUCGAAAAGAACGCGAAAUUACGACUUGUGUUUAAAUUCUCUACAUUAUGCAAUUAUUGUUAUUAAUUUAUGUUAAUUUCAAUGACUGGAUUAGGCUGGAUCCAGAUUUUUGCAACUAAAAAUAAUUAUUCUGACUGCUUGUAUAUUAACAAUCAUAGGUAAACUCAAUGAAUAAAUUAUGAGUCUCUAUUUUUAUAAUGAGUUACAUAAAAAUAAUAUUUAUUUAUUUAUUGCAAAACUGUCUAUAUGUACAUUUCUCAGU